UUCUACCUUCCAGUUUAAAAUUAAGGGAUUGUUUACAUUCGUGAUAUUUUGUCCUCAUUUUUUAUUAAUUAAAAAAAAAUAUAUAUAUAUAUAUAUAUAUAUAGUAGAUAAAAACAUUAAAAUGUAAAGCAGUAAAAUGUCUUCAAGAACAGCAGUGUUGGACUUUGGAGCAUAUAAUAACAAACUAGGAUUGAACACAGAUGAAAGACCAAGGAUUAUCCCAAAUUAUAUUUCAAAAGCAAAGAACGAAAGACGGAAGGUUUUUAUUGGUGAUCAAUUAAAUGAGUGUAAAGAUUUCUCUGGUUUCUUUUAUGUCUUACCGUUUCAGAAGGGAUACUUAGUCAAUUGGGAUGUACAACGACAGCUUUUUGAUUACAUGUUCAACAAGGAUUCUCUCAAGGGUGAUGUUGAUGAGACUCAUCUAGUCAUAACAGAACCACAGUUUAAUUUUACUUCCAUAAAGGAGUGUUUAGAUGAGAUUUUGUUUGAAGAAUAUCGCUUUAAAGCAGUCUGUCGGAUAACAGCUGCACAAUUGGCUGCACGGCAACGAAAACAAGAAGAAGAAGCGUCGAAAAAGCACUUGUGCUGUUUGGUUGUUGAUUCUGGAUUUUCGUUCACACAUGUUGUGCCUAUAUGUAAUGGAAAGAUUUUGAAAAAAGCUGUACGAAGGAUAGAUGUUGGUGGAAAACUCCUCACAAACCAUUUAAAGGAAAUCAUAUCUUACAGGCAACUCCAUGUUUUAGAUGAAACAUAUGUCAUGAAUCAGGUAAAAGAGGAUUGCUGUUUUGUAUCCAACGACUUCAUGGCUGACAUAGAAAUAACUAAGAAGAAGAAGACUCUAAAUACUAUUGCUCGUGACUACAUACUACCAGAUUAUACAAAUGUGAAGAGGGGUUUUAUUCGGCCAUUAGAUGAAAUGUGGAAAAAGUACACUGGAACAGAACAACUUUUGCGAGUAAAUAAUGAACGAUUUACUGUUCCAGAAACAUUAUUUCAUCCUUCAGAUAUAGGAAUACAGCAAAUGGGCAUACCAGAAACUAUAUUUCACUCGAUUAACCAAACUCCUGUGUGUAUGCAACCUCACUUCUACAUGAAUAUUGUACUCACUGGUGGAAACACUUGCUUGCCUGGAUAUCGUAAACGAGUAUAUGACGAUGUGCGAAGUUUGGCGCCAGUUGAUUUUGACGUGAAUGUACAUGCUUCCGACAGUCCAAUGACCUAUUCAUGGGAGGGAGGAGUGUCGCUCUCCAAACACGAACAAUUUUUGACAAAUUUUUGUGUUACCAGACAAGAAUAUGAAGAAUCCGGUCGAGCGAUAUGCUCUCAAAAGUUUGAAGGAGGGGUACCAGGUUGAAUCCAGGAUGCAGAUUGAAGCAGCCACGAAAAAUAAACACAGCCAUUGCCGGAUGUAUACCAGUACCGACGAAUUUGGUUUUGAGAGUGGAAGAACCAGUACGGUUACUAAGGAGCAGCUUGGGCUCCCUUCCGGAUUUGCUAGAUAGGGGAGCCCUGACAAUUCUUCUCUCCACACCAGACUUCGUCGUCCUUGUAUGGUCAUCCCUUUACUUUUUUGUCAGAAAAUUUUAAGGAAAUAAUUUUCACAAAAGAUUAAAACGUUUGCAUGAGCAGGCAUUUAAAAGAGCAUUACACUUCGACAUUCACAGUUAAAACUUUUUCAGAAUUACCUCUGACAAUAAAGUACUUAAUAUAUACGCCGCUUGUUUCUACAUUUUUUUGUCAGCAUAUUUAUAAUUAUAUAAAAACAAUAACUUAUUACUAAA